AACGAGGGUCAGCGCGUUGUAUGCGCGCUGGACGUUUUAUUUUAAGAAGGAUUCUUUUUUAAUAAACGCGGAUUCUUCAAUUUAUAGAAAAAACUCUAUAGCAUCAUUUUUUGUAAUUCAUAAAGGGACAUUUUAAAGAUGCUCUGCGUGUUUCCCCACUGAUCUUGUGAAGCCAAAGGGAGAAGACACCUCGACAGCCUUCAGGAUUUUCACGUUGACAGCAGAGGGCUUAUUGGAGAGGCAGCAGGUUAGUGUGAACGAUGGCUGGAUGCUGUGUGUCUGGGGAGGACAAAGAGAACCAGAGGAUCAACGAGGAGAUCGAGAAGCAGCUACGCAGAGACAAGAAGGACUCUCGCAGGGAGCUGAAGCUGCUGCUGUUAGGCACUGGAGAGAGUGGGAAGAGUACCUUUAUCAAACAGAUGAGGAUUAUCCAUGGAGGAGGAUACACAGAUGAGGACAAGAGGAGCUACGCCAAACUGGUCUUCCAGAACAUCCUCACCUCCAUCCAGACCAUGACCCGAGCCAUGGAGGCACUUGGGAUACAUUUAGCUGAUCCCAAUAAUCAGAGCCAUGCCAACCUAGUCCUUGAGUUGGAGGUGGACAAGCUGGAGGAGUUUGAUCAAGACCUUGCAGCGGCUGUCAGAUGUCUGUGGGACGAUGGCGGGAUACAGAAAUGCUAUGACCGGCGCAGGGAGUACCAGCUGUCCGAUUCCACCAAAUACUAUCUCACGGACCUGGAUCGGAUUUCUCAACCCUCUUAUCUGCCUGACCUGCAGGAUAUCCUCAGAGUCCGAGUGCCCACCACGGGUAUCAUUGAAUACCCCUUUGACAUGGAGAAUGUCAUCUUCAGGAUGGUGGAUGUGGGAGGUCAGAGGUCAGAGAGGAGGAAGUGGAUCCACUGCUUUGAGAACGUCACCUCCAUCAUCUUCCUGGUGGCGCUCAGCGAGUACGACCAGGUCCUGGCUGAGUGCGACAACGAGGUGAGAAUUCAGCUCAGUGAUUGGCAGAUCAAGUUCCAGACUUUAAACAUUUUAAAUGUGUGGUCCUUUUUCUUUCUUUCUAUGCUGCAAUGUUCAUCUCAGAACCGUAUGGAGGAGAGCAAGGCCCUGUUCAAAACCAUCAUAACUUACCCCUGGUUCCAGCGCUCCUCCGUCAUACUUUUUCUCAACAAGACGGACAUCCUCAAGGAGAAAAUCUUGCACUCUCACAUAGGCGACUACUUCCCGGAAUUCACAGGACCUAAGCAGGAUCAAUCAGCAGCUCAAGAUUUCAUCCUGAAAAUGUACCAAGAACAAAACCCGGACAAGGACAAGGCGCUGUACCCUCACUUCACCUGCGCCACGGACACAGAGAACAUCCGCUUCGUCUUCGUCGCCGUCAAAGACACCAUCCUCAGACACAACCUGAAGGAGUUCAAUCUGGUGUAGAGCGGCAGGACGACACAUGAUACAAGAGAAUUACAUUAAAACAAAACUUCAGUCAA